AUGGCUAGAACUUCAAUAAGCAAGGAUCAUAAUGUUGCACACAAUAUUUUGGCCAAACGAACUCUACCGAUCCUCAAGCAACUGCUUCACCGACCAGCUCCACCUGUUUCGACCCCAUCCCGAUCUAUCACUUACAUACCCCGACCAGGUGACGAUGCUCCUCGCCAUGUCACCUUAAUCCCUGGAGAUGGGAUCGGUCCCCUCGUUACCGGAGCUGUGGAGCAAGUAAUGGAUGUGAUGCACGUGCUGAUUUACUUCGAAAAGUUCGACGUUCAUGGUGACAUGAAAACCAUACCAACAGAGUUCAUAGAGUCGAUUAAGAAGAAUAAAGUGUGUUUCAAAGGUGGUUUGAAUACUCCCAUGGGUGGAGGGGUUAGUUCGUUGAAUGUGCAGUUAAGGAAAGAGCUUGAUCUGUACGCUUCGCUUGUAAAUUGUUUUAAUUUGCCUGGUUACCCACGCACCAUAAAAAUGUUGAUAUUGUGGUGA